AUGGUACCACCUCAACAAGAACUGAUAUGCUCACUUGAGUUGGAGUGUAGCAGGAACUUUGGUUCCAACAAGUAUAGUUUCUACUAUCCAAUCCAGUUGGACAACUUCUUGAUCACUUGUUGGAAGACCACGACCACUAGCGCCGCACCAGCCACUACCGCUGCAACUGUAUCAAACUCAUUCGUAGCCGCCAAGCCAACACCAUCAGCAUCGACCAACGCUGAACAACAUCACCAUAAUAUCAACAAUAUCACCUCAUCAAGCAGCAAUGCCAAUGGUGGCCAUAUUAGCAGUGGUACAGCCGGCGACAAUGACAGAUACUGUUGUACAAUAUAUGAGGAUGGUUCCAUUAUCUUGCCUACAUUGGACAAGCGAAUGAAGGGCUUCUCCUGGGCCAAGUCAUUCUCCAAGAAGAGUGACUUUUCCAAAGAGGAACUGGAACUCCUACUCAGUGAUCUAUACUCUACCAACAGUUCAAGGAGGGAGAGAUAA